AUGGCAGUUGCAGAAUUAGAGGCGAUGCGCGUCUACAGGGGAUUGGUCAACAAUCUCCUGGAACGAGCAGCGCAGGUCAAAGAAGAUGGACAAAUUAAGCCUCCAUUGACAGAAGCUCACCUUGGUGAAUCGAUUUGGUCAACCCAAGGAGAAGACAAGCAAGAGGUGGAACAGGUGAGCCAACAGACACAAUUUGCAGCAGUUGAACUUGCCUUCAGGGAAAAAUUCUACAGUCUUCUGGCGAUUACUUCAAUUGACGAACCGUCUUUCAUACAAAUAUGGAAUCUACUUGAUAUUAUUUCCAUUUUCUCGGAUAAUGAGCAAUGUGAGCCUGGCCUGAUUUUCUGGCUCAUUGAGGAGAUGCUCGAUAGUCAAACCAUAGAUGGCUGCCGGAAAGUCUUUGAUUACUUGGAAUCUCGACGUGAGCGGAACACGAAGAAACACUUCAAGCAGAAGAGUUUGAUCAUCCUAAGGUCCUGCAAUGAAUUGCUUCGAAGGCUAUCUCGGGCGGAAGAUACGGUUUUUUGCGGCCGUGUCUUUAUAUUCCUCUUCCAGAGUUUCCCACUUGGAGACAAAAGCGCCGUCAAUCUCCGCGGUGAAUACCACACUGAGAAUGUGACUACAUUCGACGAAACUGUGCAGUCAAAUACCCAGGGCAAUGACGAUAUGGAUGUGGAGAUGUCCGAUGGAAAGCCAGCAUUAGCGGCGCCUGAAGGCCAGGGUGCUGAUAGGGAAAGUCAACCGCCGUCAUCAGGUCGGGAUUCCCAGACACCCGCGCCCGACCAAGCCAAGAUUCCGAAACUUGUGGUCUCAGGGAAUGAAGACAAGUCUACGGAUAAGGACGUAGAUCUAAGCACAUUGUAUCCCAUGUUCUGGGGGCUGCAGGCUUACUUCUCUGCCCCAACGAAAGUAUUCGACCCGCAACACUUCGCAUCGUUCAAGAAAGGCCUCGAGAAUACAUUGACUGUUUUCAAAACCAUCCGAACAGACCUCGAGAGUCAGAGUGCCAGCCGGACUGCGGAGGAAAUCCGGAAAUCCAACAAGCGGAAACGGACAACGGAUGGUCAAGAAAUUGCCAGCAGUUUCAACCCCAAAUAUCUGACAAGUCGGGAUCUAUUCGACCUCGAAGUCAACGACACAGCUUUCAGAAGACAUGUCCUUGUACAGGCUUUGAUCCUUCUGGAUUUCAUGCUUUCGCUUACUCCCAAAGCAAAAGCGAAAUUGGCUGAUUUGACUAACAAAUCCGUACUCUAUGGCUUUGUCCUGAGUGAAGAAGAUGCCAAAUGGGCAAGCAGGAUGAGAAAAGUGAUUGAAGAAUACCUUCAGGAGGGGGCAGGAGGCAAAUUCUACUAUCGCAUGGUGGAUACCGUUCUUUCAAGGGACAAGAAUUGGGUACGCUGGAAAGCAGAGGGUUGUCCGCUCAUUGAGAAGCCUGCAGUUUCGGUAACCGAAUAUCUCGGGGCGCGCGAGAAUGCAACAAAGACAUACGCAAAUAAGCGCCUUCGCCCUUCUCCCAUGGGCUCGUUGAAUCUCAAUUUUCUGACAGAAGCAGAAUCAUCGGUCAGUCUGGAAAGGCUCAAGGAACAGGAAAGAUACACUGUCCCCGCCGCUGACUCAUUCAUGAUGGGGCUCAUGGACGAUGAGCUGGAUAUAGACACUGCCCAGACAAAAGAAGACAGGGAAAUGGCGAUGCGAGCCAAGGCCAGCAAGACCUGGCGCAUUCUACGACUUUCCGCCAAAGGCAAACUUGCAGCGUUUGACAAAAUCGACGAUGGCAAGAAUUUGAAAGUUCUUUUUGAAACUCCUCCACCGCUUGAAGGCACAUCCCAGGCCAACGAGCCAUCUUCGCAGGCUUCAGAGGUACCAGGAAAGCCAUCUGAUGAACCCGAAGCUACCAUACAAGAGCAAGAUGAUGGAACCGCCGAGAAGGAUGCCGCGACCACGACCGAGCCUAGUUCUGGGAGUGAGAGUAAUGAAGGGGUAGCUCUGGUGGGUAUGCCGGCGACCUGA